GGCGUGUUCGUUACGGUAUAGCUCAAUGCAUGGAGGCGUCUGCUCAUUGUAGUGUGUCUGUGGUUGAUAGGUGUGUGUACACCUCGGAGCCAUGAUGGUGUGUGUGAGGUAGAGAGGAGUUUUGCGAUAUGACAAAUUCGGGCUGUAUUUCCCAAGACUUCUCUUCCUCUCCAUCUGUGUAUCAGUGCAAGGCCUUAUGAUUCAGACAGAUUGAGGUUCAAUGAUAAAUAAAACAUGGAAACAGAAGCAGACCACCUGGUUGUCUAGAUAGAAAAUACCGUACCACUGAACACACUCCUCGCCUGUUGAGUGGGUGGAAUCCACAUCACCUGAGGUGUAGGCUGUUGGAAACCAUCUUCUCCAAGCGGAAAAAUUGAGGCCUUGGUGGAAUGAGCAGUGUGUGUGUGUUGAAGGGUAAAGCAGUGCUCUGGCAGGACUCAUUCAGCCCCCACCUCAGAACUUCAACUCCCAGCAUGCCCGUGGUGCUGAGCAGCGGAGGACACGCCCCCCCGGCCGGACAAACCCCACAUGCCCCGUCCCCUAGCCAACAGGGCGUGGCGGGUGCCGGUCGGUCUCAGGAUGAUGCCAUGGUGGAUUACUUCUUCCAGCGGCAGCACGGAGAGCAGCCUGGGAAACACCGCUGGCCCAUUGGGGAUAACAUCCACGACAGCCAGGUGCGGUCGAUGGAUGAGCUGAACCAUGACUUCCAGGCCCUGGCUCUAGAGGGGCGUGCCAUGGGAGAGCAGCUUCUGACAGGUAAGAAGUUUUGGGAGAGUGAUGAAGCGGGGAAAGACGGACCAAAAGGGAUCUUUCUGGACCAGUGGAGGGACAGCGCGUGGGGGGCCACAGACCACUCGGUAUCUCAGCCAAUCAUGGUGUCCCGUCGGGCUGGCGGUGGGUUCCAUAGCGGCGGGGAAGUGGGUGGGUCAGUGAUGUCACCGCGGUCAGAGAGUGGGGGUUUAGGAGUCAGUAUGGUAGAGUACGUCCUCUCCUCCUCUCCCGCCGAAAAACUGGACUCCUGCCUACGCAAGGGACCCUACGGCCCGAGGGAUGGAGAGGUGGAGGAUGAGAAGAGGGAGAAACCGAAGGCCGCGUUUGAAGUAGAGAAACUUGAGAUGACGGAGGGAGAGAACGAUGUCAUCAGUGAUGUCAUCAACCCUAAUGGGCUCCCUGUGCAGAAUGGCCUGGACGUGGACGUCAAAGAGUAUAGUCGUCAAGGCCAGAUGCAGCCUGCGGGGACAGACACUGACAUGAUGGGGGGUGUAGGGGGAUGUGUAGGAGGGGAGGGUAUGGUCCCCAUGGGAGGAGGCGGGGGUCCCAAACCCCAAGAGGACUUCUCUGGUGUGGAACAGGGCGUUACCAUGGAUACCAUGGAGUCUGUGAUGGAGCCUCUGCAGUUUGACUACAACUCCCAGAUGGCCAUGGACUCACAGCCCACCGUGGGGCUGUUUGACUACAGCAACCAACAACAGUUGUUUCAGAGACCCAGUGCUCUAGCACUGCAGCAGCUGACAGCAGCCCAACAACAACAGUACGCCUUGGCAGCAGCACAGCAAUCUCACAUUGGUCUGGCUCCUGCGUUUGUUCCCAACCCUUACAUCAUCAGUACGGGCCCGCCUGGAACUGACCCCUACGCUGCUGGACUGGCAGCUGCUGCAACACUGGGCCCAGCGGUGAUGCCUCCUCAGUACUACGGGGUGACUCCAUGGGGAGUGUAUCCAGCCAAUCUGUUCCAGCAACAGGCUGCAGCUGCCAACAACUCAGCCAAUCAACAGGCUCAAGGACAGAACCAGCAGAACCAACAACAGGUAAUGCGUGGGGGCGGUAACCAGAGACCCCUGACCCCUAGCCAAGGUCCACAGGGUCAGCAGAAUGACCAGCUGAUCUCCGCCGCAGCUGUCAACUCUGCGCUCGCCUUCGGACAGGGGCUGGCGGCCGGCGUGCCUGGCUAUCCCAUGCUGGCUCCAGCUGCCUACUAUGACCAGACGGGGGCGCUAGUGGUCAACACAGGAUCUAGGGGCGGACCUGUACGCCUCAUGGCCCCCGCGGGCUCAGUUAUUAUCUCUCCAUCCGCUGCACAAGCAGUGGCGGCUGCAGCAGCUGCGGGUGGCGGGGCUAAUGGCGGUAUGGGAGGCGGGGCCAAUGGUCCAUUCCGAGGCAUGCAAUCCCAGCAGCCUCAGCAGCAGGGGGGAGGGGCUAUGUCAGGAAACUCCUUUUAUGGAUCCUCCUCUCUCAGCAACUCCUCCCAGAGCUCCUCCCUCUUCUCUCAAGGUAGCCAAACAACGUACUGCUCCGCCCAGCCAGGCCCUGGCUCUGCCUCUCUGGGGUUCGGUCAGAGCAACUCUUCACUGGGAGCAACAUUGGGAGCUACGCUGGGAGGCUUUGGGACCGCAGUGGCUAACUCCAGUGGUGGGAGUGGUUCUCGUCGUGACUCUCUGACUGGCAGUAGUGACCUGUACAAACGCACACAGUCGAGUCUCACUCCCAUUGGUCACGGGGGGUUCUACAACGGAACCCUUGGCUUUAGCUCCUCACCCGGGCCUGUCGGAAUGCCCCUGCCCAACCAAGGCCCCUCCCACUCCCUAACCCCACCCCCAUCUCUGUCCAAUCACAGCUCCUCAUCCAACCUCAACCUGGGAGGUCUGACCAAUGGCAGCGGUCGUUUCAUUUCUGCUGCUCCGGGGGCGGAGGCCAAGUAUCGCAGUGCCAGUUCUGGCUCCUCCCUCUUCUCUCCCAGCAGCCAGCUCUUCCCAUCGUCACGGCUACGUUACGGAAUGUCGGAUGUGAUGCCGUCAGGGCGGAGCCGGCUCCUGGAAGACUUCCGGAACAACCGCUACCCCAACCUGCAGCUGAGAGAGAUUGCUGGGCACAUCAUGGAGUUCAGUCAGGACCAGCACGGCAGCAGGUUUAUCCAGUUGAAGUUGGAGAGGGCCAGCUCAGCAGAGCGUCAGCUAGUCUUCAGUGAGAUCCUCCAGGCUGCCUAUCAACUCAUGGUCGACGUCUUCGGAAACUACGUCAUCCAGAAGUUCUUUGAGUUUGGCAGUCUGGACCAAAAGCUGGCUCUAGCAGAGAGGAUCAGGGGUCAUGUCCUGUCUCUGGCCCUGCAGAUGUAUGGCUGUAGAGUCAUCCAGAAGGCCCUGGAGUUCAUCCCCUCAGACCAACAAGUUAUAAGUGAGAUGGUGCGGGAGCUGGACGGCCAUGUAUUGAAGUGUGUGAAGGAUCAGAAUGGCAACCACGUGGUGCAGAAGUGUAUUGAGUGUGUUCAGCCCCACGCACUACACUUCAUAAUAGACGCCUUCAAGGGACAGGUGUUUGCCCUCUCCACCCACCCCUACGGCUGUAGAGUGAUCCAGCGUAUUCUAGAACACUGCCUUCCAGACCAGACCCUGCCCAUUCUGGAGGAGCUGCACCAACACACUGAACAACUGGUGCAGGACCAGUAUGGUAACUAUGUGAUCCAGCAUGUAUUAGAACACGGCAGAGCGGAGGACAAGAGUAAGAUAGUAGCUGAGAUCAGAGGAAACGUACUGGGGCUCAGCCAACACAAGUUUGCCAGUAAUGUGGUGGAGAAGUGUGUGAGCCAUGCGUCCCGUGCAGAGCGGGCCGUGUUGAUAGACGAGGUGUGUAGCCUGACGGAGGGGCCCCACAGCGCCUUGUACACCAUGAUGAAGGACCAGUACGCCAACUAUGUGGUUCAGAAGAUGAUUGACGUGGCUGAACCAACACAGAGGAAGAUCGUAAUGCACAAGAUCCGGCCCCACAUCUCCACUCUGAGGAAGUAUACGUAUGGCAAACACAUCCUGGCUAAGCUGGAGAAAUACUACAUGAAGAAUGGAGUGGACCUGGGCCCUCUCUGUGGCCCUCCCAAUGGCAUCAUGUAAACUACAACCCUUACACCCUAACCCUUAAGUACAAGACGGACCAACAUGUACGUCGGCCGUGUGCAGUAGAUCACCUGCUGGGUGUUGGAGGAACGGUGGCCAUUCAACAUAAAGGCCGACCAUACUCUCUCUGUGCACAGCUGACGUUGUAUUGGAAUGCCUUGUCUUCUGUACCAUAACCCCUGGCCUAUACCCUACAUGAAGAACGGAGUGGCCCGCCUAGUGGCAUCGUGUAAACUACUAUCAAUAUAUACCCCAUUAUUCCCGACACCCGUAACCCUAUAUAUACACCCCCCCCUCCCCUUUAUUCCCCUCCUAAUGAGAUCAUGUAAACUACUAUCCUACCUCCCAAUUACAUAAUGUAGAACCCUCUUUAAAUACUCCAACUGUCCCGCUCACUCUUACCCCCAUGGUAGCCCAUUGGGAGGGGCCUGUCUAAACAGGAAGCCUUGGUUCAUUUAGCCCCUCCCCCAACCCAAGCAUCCCACUCCUUCAUUCAUUCUCCCUUUUUCUUUAUUUGUCUUUUAAAUCAAUUAGAAUCAUUUAACUUUGUUGCUACUGUUGCGGCGCACACACUGUCCCAUCGCAAGUAUGGGAUGGAACAAACCUAUUUAAUUUGUCUGACGGCGUCACCAACUCCGACAACACACACUGUCCCAUCGCAAGUAUGGGAUGGAACAAACCUAUUUAAUUUGUCUGACGGCGUCACCAACUCCGACAACACACACUGUCCCAUCGCAAGUAUGGGAUGGAACAAACCUAUUUAAUUUGUCUGACGGCGUCACCAACUCCGACAACACACACUGUACACAAACAGACACGCACACCACACACACAUGCUAUACACGCACGCCAUGAGCUUACCAGCACACAGAUCAUUUAGCAUGGGAGAUUCGUUUCCGGUCUUGCUUCUAUAUAUAGCGUGUAUACUUGGUGUAGACCUUUGCAUAUAUAUAUAUAAAUAUAUAUAUAAAACUUUGUAGUUUUUCUGGUUUUUGAUGUUGAAUCUGUAUCUAUAAUGUAUCCUAGUAGUGAACACAUAUUUCUGACUGUAUAAUUGUACAUUUGUAAACCCUUGUAAUGUAAAAGUGAUUUACCACCCUUUUUGGUAUCAGACGAUAUAAAAGAAAAAAACUCACACAAAAAACUAAAAUCUUAGAAAAACUAUUGUGCAUUUCAGUGUAUAUUCUCACCUCCUUGGUUGUGACAUAUAAGUUGUUGUAUAUUGUAAAUUGUAAUAUCAAAUUUUUGUUUUGAAAAGCCCUUUCUAUACUGCGUAGUACUUGUACAAAGCCCCCCCCACCACCACCAUCUCGUUUGACCUUCCACUCACUGCUUCAAUAGAAUUCACUUCCCCAACCCCUGAACUACACCACCUCCCCAACCCCCAAACUACACUGCAAAUGUGGCUUGUCCGUUUACUAAACAUCCGUUACCCACAGUCGAAGCAAAUCCACUGAAAUCAACGAGACAAGUCUUUUUACACUUCAUGUCUAUUUAAAACGCAGAGAGAGACCUGGCUGAAGUGUAAAUGACUGAUAAAGUGGUUUCCCCCUUCUGGUGUAGCAGUCCAAAAACCUUACGCUUACGGAACACGCAAAGCGUUUGUGGUGUAGUUUGGGGAUUGUUACCACCACCACAGGACACACUGUUAGUAGUAGUCAUUUCUGCUUUAACAUGAAGCUGUAUUUGUUUUUUAGAUCUUUUAUAGGAAUUCUGAGGGAAGGGGGUGAGGGGCCAUGAGUUUAAAGGUAGACGCCGUGAUAUGACAUCGUACACAACGGAGCGACUUCCUGCUUGCAGACGUCCACAACAACCUAUUUCAAAUCUGCCAACACUACCCACUAUUGGCUCAUCUUGAGGCAUGAUAUAUGAAAGGUGUUGUUAAGUCUCGAAGAAGGAAGUAGCUCUACGGUGUACUGUCAUCGCUGAGUCUACCUCGAACCCCAAUCUCCCCCCUCCUCUCUGAGGGGUAAAGUGAAACCAUGGAUUGUACAGAAAAGAGGAGAGUGGUGUGUUUGUUUUUUUGACCUAUAUUAGUCCUGUAAAAGUGAUGUAUCAUAUCAUAUGUCCAUGUCCCCCGGGAAAAGACCGGGCGUCGCCUGUCUUGCCCUCUGUAACCAUGAUUACCGCUGUGGCAGACGGCAGCGACACGGUGUACAUUUGGGGCAGCGAGCCUUGUGUAUAUGAAUAGGAGCACCACCUGUAACCAUAAUGUGUAUAGUUAUAACAGAAACCUGUGUAUGUUUAUUGCCUGGGCAACUAUUUUUUGUAACUCCUGUUGUAGAUUGUCUCUAAACAAUGAUGUGAGUCUUUAUUUUGAAACAAAACUGAACAAAAAAACACUCAAAAUUUGAA